ACCCCGUCGCAGCAGAGCAGCAUUCUGGACAACGGGCAGGAGGAGGUGUCCGUGAGCAGCCAGUGGAACCCCUACCCGCUGGGGCGGCGGGACGUGCCGCCGGACACCCUCACCAAGAAGGCAGGUAGCCAUAUCCAGACCUUAAUGGGAUCCCAAAGCCUACAGCACCGGAGCCGCGAGCAGCAGUACGAAGGGAACAUGAACAAGGUCACCAUUCAGCAGUUUCAGCCCCCGCUGCCCAUUCAGAUUCCCUCUUCGCAGAGCUCUCGAGCACCUCAGACAGGGCGAUGCUUAAUCCAGACCAAGGGCCAGAGAAGCACGGAUGCGUAUCAGGAGCAGUUUUGUGUGAGGAUAGAGAAGAAUCCUGGCCUUGGUUUUAGUAUCAGUGGUGGAAUAAGUGGACAAGGAAAUCCAUUCAAACCUUCCGAUAAGGGUAUCUUUGUUACUAGGGUUCAGCCUGACGGACCAGCGUCCAGCCUGCUCCAGCCUGGCGACAAGAUCCUCCAGGCAAACGGACACAGCUUUGUACAUAUGGAACACGAGAAAGCUGUAUUACUACUGAAGAGUUUCCAGAAUACAGUAGACCUAGUUAUUCAACGUGAGCUUACUGUCUAAAUAUUUUUAUAUAAAUAGUAAAUAUGUCUAGCCAGAUCUAAUGUUCAAACAGAUUUAUACAUAGGAAACAAAUUUUUUGCCAAUUGCUGGACCAAUGGCAAACAGUAGUGCCAAAUGUAUAAUACUCUAUGUUAGAACCAAUCACCUUGGGGAAAAAACAAACAAACAAACAAAUAUAUUAACGAUAUAAAUAUAUUGUUCAUGUGG